GACCAUUUGUACUUUGCGUUGUCUUUGCCACCCUGAAACUCUAUGGAUGUCUGCAGACAUCCAUAGAGUUAUGAAAUCUCAAGUAGUAAGGAAGUGAAAUCUAACGGAGGAAGCUAUUUUUAAAAACAGUUUAUACAAUUAUUAAAUGCAAAUUACUGACAAACGGUUGGGAGGAAUGAUCUCUCUGAUUCAACACCAUUGUACCUUUUAAAUAAGGGCUGAGACUGCUCCCAGGCAACUCUUCUAAGUCAGCCAAGAAGUUCUCAGAUGAAAGAAUAACAAGACUUCACAUUAUUGAUAUUUUUGAAGAAAAAACAAGCAGGAAGGGGAAAAUCUUUGCCUCCUUCAGAUUAAAAAUAAUUCUGUUUUUACCCUCCAGUGCUGCUUCUAGUGACUGGUUCUCAAAGCCUCUGCAACAUGAAAUCAGUCUGGCUUUGAAAUGAAGUAAUUGGCAAUUGACUAAAAAAAAGUCUCAUUGUGCAAGUGAAAAACUUACAAUGCACUGGGCAGCUGAGCUGAAACUUGCUCACAGUCUAGUGACUGUCUUUCAGUGCAAAAUUCCGCAUUUUGGGGCGGGGCGGGGGGAGUGUGUUGCAUUGAGACGGGGCUUCUGCUUUCAAACAUUACACUGCCAUAAACCAUGCUCAUGUGACAACUUCCCUUAAAGCCACAUCAUCUACUGAGAGGCCUUAAAUACAGGGCUUAUCAACAUUUCUGUGCCCUACAUAGGAAUAGUACUUAUGAAAGCAAGUUUCUGUGAAAUUUAAAAACAUUCCCCUUGCCUCCAGUGUUGAGAGCCCGAACACAAUACACGGUCAGUAGGGUUGCCAAUUUUGGUUGGGUGUAUUCCUGGAGGUCUGAUCACAUGACAUAAUCUUUAAUUCAAGAUUAAUCUCCAGGACAAUCCUGGGGGUUGGCAACCCUAACUGUCAGUGAAUGAGAAGAAAAGUAAAACACUUCUCUGAUGAAAUGCAAAUGAUGUGGGAGAAGGGGAAGAAUAUUGUCAGUUGCAGGACCUAAAAGUGUCUGUCUUCUAGAUCCUUAACACUUAGUUACACUACAUGACAAUUAAGAUGUCCUUUUUAAAAAAUACAUGUCCCAUGCUAUGCGCAUGGUGGAGUGGCAGCAUCUAUGCUAUUGUCCUAAUGAGAAGGGAUAGUAACUGUAUGCCUAUUUUGUUGUUUUUGAGGCAACUAUUUUAAGGUGGAGGAGACUUCUUCAAAGACCUCCUGGCUCUUUGAGGCAGGGCUCACAUCUUCCCCUGUCUUUUGUGUAGUGCAGAGCAUGCUGUUGUCAUGUAACUAUUUUCCACAGCAAAUUCUAGCAGUUGUUACUCCAAGAAGAACAUUGGUCUUCAUAGCUAAUACCCUCCUUCUGCUCGCUAAGCUAGAGAAGGUUUUUAAUUUUAACAGCAUUAAAUCACCAUAUGGACUUAUUCCUUAUCUUACCAUGAGUUCAUUCCCUAUUUUAAGCAAUAAGUAGUAUUGCAGUUUCUUUCCCCUGUUUCUUCCUGUAGCAGCGGUGUUCCAUUCACAGGCUGCUGUUGACUGAGCAUUCAGAAACAGUCAUUCUUUAAAACUGCGCUAGAAUUUGCGUCUCGUGUUCAGCUAAUUACUGUGCUGCUUGAUGUGCGAGCGUAGCUAUGUAAAACCACCAAGAAAUAGCUAGAUAGAACUUGGUACUGAAACUGAUGUAUGAAAUCUGAAAGUGAACUAACUGAUUGUAUAGACUGACUUAAGCAGCUAGUAGAAAGUGGUGUAAAAUUCUGCUUCUUUUAAGGAUUUUGUUUAAGGAUGUUAAUUUCCAAAGCUGAAUUUACUAGCUUUUCCCCUAGAGACCUUUGCAGGAAGAACUUGCUACGAACCGUGAUGUUCCUUUUACCUCCUGACAGCUAAUAGAGUGAAGCUGUAUUUAGGAACAAGAGCUCAGAUGGGCCUGGAGCAGCUUGAUUUGCUAUUGCAGCAUUCUCAGUGCUGUUGGGGAGAGACUGAUGAGUCAUCAAGUCAGGUGACUGUGUCUUUGCUGUCUGCCUGGAAUUUCUUCCCCCUCUGCAGCAGGCUUUUUGCAUCCCUCUGUGUAAGGGGGUUGGGGGGCCUUUUGGGAAGGACAGUCAUUUGCUACUAAGAGCUGUUACUUUAGUGCUGAAAUCUGGGGUUGCUUCAUCUGGCCUGUGGAUUUUUUGCCUCCCCCUUUCCCCUACAAAGCAAGGUAAACUGGGCAAGAUGAACUUUUCCAAGCUACCCAAAAUCCGAGAUGAAGACAGGGAGAGCGUGUUUGGCUACGUCCAUGGAGUCUCAGGACCUGUGGUCACUGCCUGCAGCAUGGCAGGUGCAGCUAUGUGCGAGUUGGUACGAGUUGGCCACUGUGAACUGGUGGGAGAAAUUAUCCGGCUGGAGGGUGAUAUGGCCACUAUCCAGGUGUAUGAAGAAACCUCUGGUGUGUCUGUAGGAGAUCCUGUACUCCGGACUGGUAAACCCCUCUCAGUGGAACUUGGCCCUGGCAUUAUGGGGGCCAUUUUUGAUGGUAUCCAGAGGCCUCUGACAGACAUCAGCACUCAGACCCAAAGUAUCUACAUCCCCAGAGGUGUCAACGUGUCAGCUCUGAGCAAAGACCUGAAAUGGGACUUUUUACCUUCCAAAAACCUGCGGGUUGGCAGUCACAUCACUGGGGGAGAUAUUUAUGGAUUGGUGAAUGAAAACUCCCUUAUCAAACACAAAAUCAUGUUGCCCCCACGGAACAGGGGUACAGUAACAUAUAUUGCUCCGCCAGGGAACUACGACACAUCAGAUGUUGUCUUGGAGCUGGAAUUUGAAGGUGUGAAGGAGAAGUUCACUAUGGUCCAGGUCUGGCCUGUACGUCAAGUCCGUCCUGUCACUGAAAAGUUAACAGCCAACCAUCCAUUGCUAACUGGCCAACGGGUCCUUGAUGCCCUCUUCCCGUGUGUACAAGGUGGUACUACUGCUAUCCCCGGGGCCUUUGGCUGUGGAAAGACUGUGAUCUCGCAGUCUCUCUCCAAAUACUCCAACAGUGAUGUUAUCAUCUAUGUAGGCUGUGGAGAACGAGGAAAUGAGAUGUCUGAAGUACUCAGAGAUUUCCCAGAGCUCACGAUGGAAGUUGAUGGCAAGGUAGAAAGUAUUAUGAAGAGAACAGCCCUAGUAGCAAAUACCUCCAAUAUGCCUGUCGCUGCCAGAGAGGCCUCUAUUUAUACUGGAAUCACCCUGUCUGAGUAUUUCCGGGACAUGGGCUACAAUGUCAGUAUGAUGGCUGACUCCACUUCCCGAUGGGCUGAGGCCCUUAGGGAAAUUUCAGGGCGUUUAGCUGAAAUGCCAGCUGACAGUGGCUAUCCAGCCUACCUCGGUGCCCGUCUGGCCUCAUUCUAUGAGCGAGCUGGCAGAGUGAAGUGUCUGGGGAACCCUGAGCGAGAAGGGAGCGUCAGCAUCGUCGGUGCUGUAUCUCCCCCUGGUGGUGACUUCUCGGAUCCUGUCACAUCUGCCACUCUGGGCAUUGUUCAGGUGUUUUGGGGCUUGGAUAAGAAGCUGGCUCAGCGCAAGCACUUCCCAUCUGUCAACUGGCUGAUCAGCUACAGCAAGUACACACGGGCCCUGGAUGAGUAUUAUGACAAGCACUUCACAGAAUUUGUCCCCCUGAGGACCAAGGCCAAGGAGAUUCUGCAGGAAGAGGAGGACCUGGCAGAGAUUGUGCAGCUUGUGGGGAAGGCUUCCUUGGCGGAAACAGAUAAAAUUACCCUAGAGGUUGCCAAACUGAUCAAAGAUGACUUCCUGCAGCAGAAUGGCUACAGCCCUUAUGACAGGUUCUGCCCUUUUUAUAAGACCGUGGGGAUGCUUUCCAACAUGAUUGCGUUCUACGACAUGGCGCGCCGAGCUGUAGAGACCACAGCCCAGAGUGACAAUAAGAUCACAUGGUCCAUCAUCCGAGAAAAUAUGUCUGAAAUUCUCCAGAGACUUGUUUCCAUGAAAUUCAAGGACCCAGUGAAAGACGGCGAGGCAAAUAUCAAGGCGGACUAUGCUCAGCUCUUUGAGGACAUGCAGAAUGCAUUCCGUAGUCUGGAAGACUAGGCUUUGCCCCCAUUCCAAUUAUCCCCUUCAGUUUAAAUUUCUCAUCUCAGCCCUUCUGCUUCCCUACUGUGCAAGACUGAAAUGAGAGAACCUGAGUUUAUAACAGUCCUACAUGUCCUUGUUCAUACACAGUAGGUCUUUAUAAAACAUUCCUCUUAGUUUGUUUGGCCUCAGUGUGUCUGAAAUGGUAGGUGGAGUUAGUGUGAAUGGGCCUGAGAGAAAGUGAGGUACUGCAAUUGUAAACUUGUAAGGUGGGGGAUUCUCUCCCCCCACCUUUCACUCCCAAAUAGAUGUGAUCUCUUAACAGCCAGGCUCUUGCUUCUUGGGGGAAGUAAAUCAAAUAAGUUGUAGUGGCAGAGGAGGUGAGACUUAGUGCAGUGAUAUGGUACAUUGAGGUGGUGAUGUUAAGGGCAUAUGAGCCUAGCUUUUAGCCAGUGACUAUCAUGCAAAGAAUGGGCAUUUCCCCUACUUUGAAAUAGGAUUUAUUCAAUUUUUCCAGUGAACUGCUACUACCAAUAUAUAGUGUAUUCUUUGGUACAGUUCCCCUUCUAAACCUCCAACUGAGCCUGUAUUAAAGCAAGUGUAUUACAACACAGUAGUUGUGGAACUCUGCAAGGUGUUAACUAAGAGGAGAAACAUGUGAAAGCAGCCAUGUGUCAGUUUGCAUUUGAGAAGUAGCAUUUAUUUUCCUACCUAAUAUUUAAAUAGGACUGUUGGACUACACUUUAAUUAAAAAUCAAAGCCAUAGUUGCUCAACUAUCAGCAGCAAGAAUUUUAUCCUCUUGCGUCCUUCUCCCAGUAGAAAACAGCAUGACACUCAGUUGCUUCAGUGUAGCUACUUUGUACUACAGGACAGGACAAGCUGUGGUGAUCCCACUUGUAUGGAGCAGGAAUCCCAUCCUGCCUCAGCAGCUGCAUGCCAUAACAUUUGCCUUCUAGUGCAAUGUUGAGUCACCACAUGCUUCCAAAACUUUCCCUUAAGAUACCUGAAUUUGAUUUGUUUGUCCAGUUAUGGUAUGCAAGGUCCUUUUUAGAGGGAAUGUUCAAUGCUAAACUUUCUUGUUGGAAGGUUCACUGUGAUGCCAAGAGAAGCUGGUGACUCUUUUUUUUGCACUGCACUCUGGACGUGUUUGGUGUCCUCAAAGCAGUCAGAGAGCAACUGCUUCUUGAACUUGUUUAAUGGCAGACCCAAUAUGUGAGGAGGACUGAAUACAGAGCAGUCUUUUCUCAUUAACCGGCUAGAGCCAGAACUCACCAUAUUGCUUCACAGUGGGAAAAAUUAAUAAGGGAGUGGGCAGCCUUUUUGAUCUUGUAUUUCAGGAGGAAUUAAAUGUGCUUUUUUGUCUGUUUUUGGCCACACAACAUUAAUCCCAGACGUAUUCCAGCUAAUGCCUUUUGAGCUAUCAUUCAGUUUUGAAUGACAAUGGACCAACUUCUGCUGCUUCCUGUGUUAUGCUAACUCACUGUCUGGCAUUGAGCCCAGCUGAAACUUUAAAAGGCUCUUCAAAUAUUAACCUCUUUGAUCUCCCAAAAUAAACAAAUUAAAGAUAUUCAACCUAGUGCUCUGGUGGUGAAUGGCUCACAGUUUACAGUUCAUUUAAUUUCAGUGUAUGCUGCCCAUGAAGUAUGGUCAUGUAUAAAUGAGUAGUUGCUAUACAAGCCCUUACCAGAAUCCUCAUUGUUCACACCUAUCACAAGUGUACUGUGUCUGUAGCAUUCCAUGCUAGAGGACAGAUGUUCUAUUUCUCUAAAUUAAUAGAGGAUGUUAUAAACUUUACAACAGGUCUAAGAUAAAGCAGUUGUAAUAUUUAUUGUGCUAUACCUGGCCCUAAGGUGUGACCAGUUCAAAGUUGCAUAUAUAUAUUUUUGUUUUGUCUUGUCUGUUUUCAGUGUUGAAAUUCUGAUGUUUCACUGUGUUGCUACAAAUUUUUCCUCCACACAUGUGGAAGGAAUGAAAGGAUGUGUAAAAAACAAAUCAACACCUGCUCUUCCUCAUAUUUCAUAAUGGAUGUUGCUGAAAGUUGUGCAAAACUGUUCAAGUCAAUGAGAAUAAAGUGGAUUUAAAGUA